UUCAAUUCAAGGAUCCAUCACACAUUCCGCAGCUCUGGUGUACAGCAAGCUACAGCAAGUGUCUUUGAUACGCCGCCUUGUACCCUACAUCGUUAAUGCGACAUACCCAAAACGCCUUUGGAUUUUGCACUCUUAGGCCUAGUGAGCAUUGGGACACGUUCUCCGUCACCGCCACUCGGGAAAGCGUUUCUCAAUUGCGGCGGCCUGUGGCGCCUGUCAAGACCUGCAGUGGAUCUUCUAAUACGAUACGCGAGCUUUCCAAAUAUGUUGACAUGACACCGCGGUUGUGUCGAGGCCUGCCUGGGGGUCCUUAUGGGCUCACGAUUUUACCUGUUGCUUUGCUCCUCACUUCCCCGCCCAUCACGCUCGCUCGUCUCCUCCCACAACCAUGAACUAUCCUCCUGGUUAUUCCGACUUAUCCGCCUUUCUUCCUCAAGAUGGGUAUUCUGUGACUCAUGACGAAUCCUCGCCGUUCUUUUCCGCCGGUCUCGUCAAUUAUGAAUGGGACUUUGGCGGGGGUGAUACCUUCGCCGCUGAGCACGACAUGCACGAAACCCUUCCUGACGAGACACUAUCGCCGUCGUUCGACGCCCUCUGCUCCGCCGAGCACGACAUGCACGAAACCCUUCCUGACGAGACACUAUCGCCGUCGUUCGACGCCCUCUGCUCCGCCUCAGUCUCUUGCUCAGCCCCGUCAUCCGAACCAAACCCCCUGAACUCUACGUUUCUUCAUAUGCACCCUGCUGGAACAAACGAAACGUACUCCAUAGACACGGUUGCUGCGACGCCCACUUCAGCGUCGGUGGUAGAUAUGUUCGCGUUGGCCGGCUCUAAUGAAGAACCCAGAGCUACCUUGAACAGCGGUCAAGGUCUUCGGCAUGGAGCUAGUCCUCCCCAGUCUACACCUCCUAUUGCGCUCUCCGGUCACGGAGUCGUUGAUCUCGGUAGCUCGCAUAGGCUUGACAACGCCGUCACGGCUACGGGCUUUGUCGAUCAUUCCAGUCACGGUCUUGAGCGAGACGUUCAUCAAUUGACAAGUUUGUACACCUCCCCUUCCUUACCGCAACAUUCUCCUCCUUUCGAUCAACUCCAGCAAGCAGCAUCGUUCCAGACUCCUCCCCUCCAACUCACAUUACAAUACCCUCCGCCGCCGCAAGCUCAGAACAUGCAAUUUCCGUAUGGGAAUGCUGCGUGGGACUUUGACGAGAUGAAUUAUGCGCCUCAGCCCGACGUGCAUGAGCAGCCAGCUCUUCCUGAUCAGGUCAGGGCGUCGCACAUCCAGCAUUCGUGCUCGCAUGUUCACGAUGUGGAAUGGGCCCAUAAUUACCCCUCGCCUUUGAUACCGGGCCACCAAGCACGGCUUAACGAGCGCGUGCCUAACGCUCCUCCUCUUAUCGGUGCCAUUCGUUCCGCUUGCGAGCAACACUCCGAUACCGUGGCGCUCAGGAUCGCAGAGUUGCUCACGAGCGUCUGGAAGUGUUCAGCCUGCUACACACGUAUCCCGGUCGAAGAUAUCGCAUCGUUGCGCAACUUCAUCUGCGAUCUCGGCGCUAAAUUCAAGGGCUCCGCGAGCAAGGAAAACACGGAGCAUACGACUGGGCAUGUGAAUGGAAUCCUGAGCGACGAUGUGUCGGCACAGGAGGGUGUUGAUCACAUUCCACGUGGUUUGGCAGGAAUUUGGAACAGCGGGUACCAGCUGGAAUGGAGCACGGUCCAGCAGAGUCCUACGUUGAUACCUUCUGGUAUGAUGCACCACGGCGAUCUUGCGGAUGCCUAUGCUGACGACAGCAUAGUACAACCUCAAGAGUUCGUGAUGCACAACGGCGAACGGUUUUAUCCGCCGAUCCCCCCGGUGAUUAUCCGAGGGACAUCGCAUGACAAAAAGCCCAGCCCCGAACCUUCUCCGCGCUACGUCUUUUCUCCGCCGCCGCGUACGCGUGCCCCAAAGCCAUCAUGCCGUCGCGGUAUCCUUGAAGGCCCAUCUCCUGCCUCACCUCCGUCGACUCCUGUCCCUUCUCAAGGCCAGGCGCUUACGUCUUCGCGGAGGCUAGGUAGGCGUGCUCGACAAUUAGGAUCACAGCAUAAAGAUCAGCACCACGACACAUACCCUCGUCUGAACCUGGCUGCUCCGCCCUCUCACGUACUUCCUCAGUCUCUUGAACGAAAUAUUAAUGGUAGCGACUUCGCUCAUCCUGCCGCGCAGCACAUCCACGACGACCUCGGCUAUCCCGUCUCCGAAAGCGAUGUACCCGCUAGUAGGAAACGGGCCAGCAACGUCCCACAUGCGCUGAGAAAAAGGAUGAAGACGAACGAAGCCACCUCUGUCCUCCACGAAAAGGACAACCAAACAAAUUCAGUAUACCAAUCAAGACCAGCAGCUUCAGGUGCUGCCAAUCCCGUCGCGGCAGUACCGAAUCUCGGUCAUCCCCCUUCACUGGGCGGGUCUCAGAGAACGGGCUCUCUGGCGUCUACAGAAGGAGGUUUGAGGGAGCGGGUAGUUUUGCCGGUAUCCGAAGCCUCCGACCUUAUGCACCACCGACGUGGAGCUCCGUCCCGAUCCGUCCAUCAGCCCAAUCGCUCUACUCCGUUCAUACCGUCUGCAUAUUUGACGGGCCCCGGCGUUUCGGGUCGCCCCGAACUAUUCACCCACCCGCGCACUGCUCAAGAAGGGGAAAACGCUCUCACGAGCCACACGCAGCGCUCGGCCAGCGGGCGAGCGUCGUGAAUGGAAAAAUGGCACGCCCACAUGGACACAUGGUCCCUAAGGAUCGUAUUCAACUACGAUGACAUUGGUGGCGGCGCGACGAUGAUGAUCUGUCGUAAAACUUGACAUCGAUGAUGCUCAGACGUAUACCCUUGUACUAGC